AUGCUCGGCGACGAUUUUUCUCACCUGCAAUUCUCUGUGACCUCGUACUCCGUUAAUGACGUUCCCAUUAAAUUCGUCGGUAACUCCGUCCGUGAUAUUGGUGUUACUGCGCUCUCCGGCAAUUUUCGACCGUUGUUGUAUGUCCAACAGUCCUUCUGCAAGUCCCUCGAGUUUACCCGGCUCCGUCAACCGUAUCACCCGCGGUUUUCACCUCUUCGCUCGUCUCAAAUCCCUCUACUGCGUACGCCCCGCAUCCGGGAAUACGGUUCGGUCGUCCGGAACUCGAAUACAGCGCCCCUGGACGAUCAUGUUUAG